AAUAUUUCAAGGGUUCCCCCAGGCUCAAAAGCAAGGAAUAGAGGCUUCUGUAGAAGAACUGCAUUUUGUUCAGUCCUGGUAUUCCAAAGGAUUUCCUUGGCUUCCAACCAGAGCUCCAACAAGGUGCAGAGCUGUUUGGACGGCCCGCUGGUGCUGCAAUAGAUUGCCUUUGAUUCAUGAUCUUUGGAGGAGAACCACCUUUUUGCAUUUUGGUUAUUAUCACCCCAAGGAAAAAAUGGCCAAGGCAAUUCAAGCUCGGCGGCUGGAAGGCGUGGACCAGAAUAUCUGGGUGGAAUUUGCCAGACUAGCUGCUACUUACAAGACUGUGAAUUUGGGUCAAGGUUUUCCAAAUUUCUCCCCACCGGAUUUUGUCAGGGAAGCCUACGUGGAGGCCAUAAGCGGAGAAAACACCAUGUUGCACCAAUACACGCAGGCAUUUGGGCAUCCUCGGCUGGUGGAGGUCCUGGCCCGAUUUCUUGGGACGUUGCUCCAGCGAGACUUGGACCCGCUGAAGAACGUGCUGGUGACGGUGGGGGCCUACCAGGCUCUCUUCUGCUGCUUCCAGGCCCUGGUGGAUGAGGGGGACGAGGUGAUUAUAAUCGAGCCGUACUUUGACUGCUAUGAACCCAUGACCAAAAUGGCAGGUGGGAAACCUGUCUUUAUACCCCUCCGGCUGAAGGUUGCAAAAAGUGGAAAGCUGGCCUCUAGCCGAGACUGGCAACUCGAUCCAGCUGAAUUGGAAGCAAUGUUCACCAGACGAACGAAAGUCCUGGUUUUGAAUUCUCCCAGCAAUCCCUUGGGGAAGGUUUUCAGCAGGGUUGAAAUGGAGCGCAUAGCGGACCUGUGUGUGAAACAUGACGUCCUUUGCGUCAGUGAUGAAGUUUACGAGUGGCUGGUUUACGAUGAAAAUGAGCACGUGCGGAUUGCCAGUUUGCCAGGAAUGUGGGAGCGGACGGUGACCAUUGGCAGUGCUGGCAAAACCUUCAGUGCCACGGGAUGGAAGGUUGGCUGGGCCGUAGGGCCUGAUCACCUUUUGAAACACCUAAGAACCGUGCAUCAAAAUUCUGUCUACCAUUGCGCCACUGCAGUUCAGGAAGCUGUGGCCUGUGGCCUGGAGCAAGAGUUGGCGCGCAUUGGCAAGCCUGACAGCUAUUUUGUGCAGUUGCCCAAAGAGCUUCAGCGGAAGCGGGACCUCCUCGUCGAGAGUUUGGUCUCGGUGGGCAUGAAACCCAUUGUCCCUGAGGGCACCUACUUCUUGAUUGCAGACCUCUCAACAUUCAAAGUGGAUUUACCGCCCUCAGAGGAGCCGUACGAUUUUCGUUUUGCAAAAUGGAUGAUUAAGAACAAGCGGCUGGCUGCCAUCCCCGUCUCUGCUUUCUACAGUCCACCCCAGAAGAAGCAUUUUGACCAUUUUCUGCGUUUCUGCUUUGCAAAGGAAGAUUCAACUUUGAAAGCCGCUGAGGAUAUCUUGAAAGAAUGGAGCCAGGAGAUGCAGAAACACGGCCGCCUCCGGAAGCUGCCGGCCCGGGAUUGGCUGGCUGGAACAUGGCGGAGCGGAGCGAGGCGAAGCGUGUGCGGGAGGUACAUGCCAGCGCGGAACGGGUUAAAGGGAGGCUGCGGAGGGUUCCUGGCCAGCUCGGGCAAUGGUGGGAGAAAGAGGAAAAAAGGAGCCAGUGGCAUUUUCCAAAAUGCAGUUGGAAGUUCUUUUCUUAAGAGAUGGAAAAAGAAAAAAGAUUUCAAGGUCUCAGCUUUCUACACCAGGCAGGGAGGAGAAGGAAAGAUUAAUUGGCGCAAAUGGAAACAACAAAAAAAAGAGGAGAAGAAAAAAUGGAAAGAGCUGAAACUGCUGAAGAAGUUGGAGAAGCAGCGAGCCCGAGAGCUGAUGGAGAAGGAGAGAGAAGAGGCCAAGCCCAAGGAGGACCAAGGGCGGCACUACACGGUCAGCGUGGCUGUUCCCGGCUCGAUUCUAAGCAACGCGCAGUCGCCUGAAUUGCGGACGUACCUCGCCGGGCAGAUAGCCCGGGCCUGUGCCAUCUUCUGUGUAGACGAAAUUGUGGUGUUUGAUGAAGAAGGAGAAAAUUCCAGGACCAUCGAAGGCGAGUUCGAAGGGAUGAGAGGCAAAGGCCAGGCCUGUGUGCAGCUGGCUCGGAUCCUUCAGUACCUGGAGUGUCCUCAGUAUCUGAGGAAGUCCUUUUUCCCCAAACACCAGGACCUGCAGUUUGCCGGGCUCUUGAACCCUCUGGACAGUCCCCACCAUGUCCGGAUGGACGAAGAAUCUCAGUAUCGGGAGGGGGUCGUUCUGGCCCGACCCACCAAGCUUGGCCGAGGGUCUUUUGUUAACUGUGGGAUGCGGAAGGAGGUACAAAUAGAUAAGCAGUUGGAAGCUGGUCUUCGUGUCACGGUGCAACUGGAUGAGAAGCAGAAUUCAGAAAGCAAAACUCAGAAGGGUAUUGUAGUAUCGUCACAAAGUCCCCGCACUGUUUCUGGCCUUUACUGGGGUUACAGCGUCCGAUUAGCUUCGUGUCUGAGUGCUGUCUUUGCAGAAUCCCCAUUUAAGGAUGGCUACGAUCUCUCCAUUGGGACUUCGGAGCGAGGAUCUUCUGUGGACCAGGCAACUCUACCUUCCUUCAGCCAUGCUUUGAUCGUCUUUGGCGGGUUGCAAGGCCUCGAAGCCGGAGUGAAUGCAGAUCCAAACCUGGAUGUAACUGACCCCAGUACUUUGUUUGAUUUGUAUUUAAACACCUGUCCGGGGCAAGGAAGUCGCACCAUCAGGACGGAGGAGGCCCUUCUCGUCUCUCUCUCGGCGUUGAGGCCCAGGAUCGAUGAAGCCGUUAAGAAAGGCCGAAGUGGGAGCUGAGCGGCGGAUGCAAACGAGCCCGCAGGGGCUGAAAGGGAAGAGAAGGAAAGGUGCUUUCCUCAUGGGCUUGGAUCAUCCCUUUGGUGGCUAAGAGAUGCGGAAGGACCAAGCUGUCCCUAAAUUCACCAGUUGGGGCUUCUGGGGAGGGGGUGUCAAGAUGGUGGCCCCGCCACUGAAGCCUCUACAUGGGCUGAAUCUGUGGGGUUUAAGACCAACUAUAGAGCAGUGUUUCUCAACCUUGGCCGCUUUAAGGUGUGUGGACUUGAACUCCCAGAAUUCCCCAG